UCUCCACCUCGCCCGGCUUCUUCGACGCCGCCCGCUCACCUCGAGUUCCUUGUCGGUCGCGGCGGGCGGGCGAAGGAAGCGUCUCCGAAGGUGGUUGCGAGGAACAGCCGCCGCCCUCACGAUGAAGAUCUGGACCUCGGAGCACACCUUCGACCACCCCUGGAAGACUGUUACUACAGCUGCUAUGCAGAAAUACCCAAAUCCCAUGAAUCCCAGUGUAGUUGGAGUUGAUGUUCUGGAUCGGCAUGUAGAUACUAAUGGAAAAUUACAUAGCCACCGGCUGCUUAGUACAGAAUGGGGAAUGCCAUCUAUUGUAAAAUCACUUAUUGGUGCUUGUAGAAUGAGAACCUAUGUACAAGAGCACUCUGUAGUUGACCCAGUUGAGAAAGUAAUGGAGCUCAAAUCUACUAAUAUUUCAUUUACAAAUCUGGUGUCAGUAGAUGAGCGACUGAUUUAUAAGCCACAUCCUCAAGAGCCAGAAAAAACUAUUUUGACUCAAGAAGCCACAAUUUGUGUAAAAGGAGUUAGUCUCAGCAGUUACUUAGAAGGACUAAUGGAAAAUACAAUUUCUUCUAAUGCUAAAAAAGGACGUGAAGCAUUGGAAUGGGUAAUCAGCAAACUUAAUGCUGAAAUAGAAGAAUUCACUUCUUCAGCAAGAGGAAAUAUAAGAUCUCCUAUGGCAGCAGCAGCCUUUAUGGAAGAAUAGUAUAGAAGCGGUACAUGGGUUGUUAGGCCUGAUAAUUUGAAAGGAACACUUUCACACUUCCUCAAAGCUGGAAAUAUUUAUUCUUCUACCUAUUUAAAAAUGGAUCUGUAGUUUAGAUUUUUAAAUUAAAAUUUUGGAGAGAACUUGCCUAAAUCUGUACAUGAAGGUAACAUACAUGACUUUCUGUUGGAUUGUACAUUCCUUUAAGCCGGAAUGCAGGCAUUCAAGACAGCUGAUGUGUUUGCAGGAGUAUAUUCUGGGCACAGGAUUUUGAGCAGUUUGUUAUAGGGUUUGGCUUCGAAGAACAAACAUUAUUACUUGAAAUAUGAUCCAUUCUAAAACACUUUUUAUAGGCUGCUUUCAUGAGAGUUACAAUUUGCUAACAUGAAAAGUUUGAUAUUUAACAUCUAUGUUUACAGAAGCUCCAUAAUUUUAAAAGCUUUGUGGUAUUCAAAUUCUGAAUUUGGCAGAAAUUGCAUGCUCUAUAAUUGGAUGUGGACUAAAGGUGGCUUAGCUCAAAAUUUUAUAAUUUCAGUUUUUCAGAGUCUCUUCUUGGUAGAGAUAGUUUAAUUGUUGAAAAAUGCAACUUGUUGAACAUAUUCAUUUUGAUCUUACAUUUUCUUGGAAUCAGAAUUUGUGUGAUAGCUACAUUCAUAGGUAGAAAUCACUCCUCCGUUUUAAAUGAAAUGCAUAAUCAUGAUUUAUAUAUUCCAGACAACUAAAGUCUCUUAAAUUGUACUUUGUUGUUUUUAACUCUUUAAGGAACAAAACAAAAUCAGGGACUACAUAUAUAUCCAUAUUCCCCCACCUUCUAUCCACAAAAGUCUAGGUGCCUCAGAACAAGUAUCCCUGAAUUCCAUAGGUAAAACAAUAGAUACCUUCCAACAUCAGAAUAGUCCUCUUUCUUCACAGGGGAGAAUAUAUAUAUUCAAAAACUGGAAAAUCCAAAGGCUUUUAUGUCUGUGAUAUAGGUACAAUGUAAAACUUCUUAGGUAUCUUUGACAUGCAGGACAAUAAUAGAACUGUGGUAACUGUCACAACUGACUUAAGAGCUAAUGACUUGUAGGCAUAUCUUAAUUUCUAAAUUCUAAUUCCCUUAAUACUCUCAUCUGUGGUGUUUAGCAUGGAAUAUUUUGUUCUUAAGAAUGUCUGUAAAUAAUACCGACCUAGAGCUAGUUUUAAAAGUUAACAUUUCAGUAGAAAGUAUUGAUUCUUGUGAGGUGUGAUUGCAAACA